GUUUUUUACCUGCAUAUUCAGCAAAUAAAAGUUAACUUCACAAGUUAACACUUGUUAAUGACACUCAUUCUUUCUCAGCCUCCCCAGUGGGACUUUGCUGUUUUUCCUGCAGAAAGAGAGGGAUGGAUAUCCAGCUGGUCAAUUCCAUGGACUUUGGGGAAUUUGUUGAUGUUUUGGGGAAUAUUAUAGAGAAAUGCCCCCUGAUUGCAGCAGCCAUCUGGUCCCAUCGCCCAUUCAUGAACUUGGCUGAUUUAGAGAAGCAUGUGUUUGAUUUUAUAGACGCCCUUCCACAAUCAGGGAAAGAAGGGAUCCUGAGGUGCCACCCAGACUUAGCUGGCCGGGAGUUGCAGCAGGGAACGCUGACCCCAGAGUCCCAGCGGGAGCAGAGAGGGGCAGGCCUAAGUAACCUGGGCCCGGAGGAAAGACGCCGGCUGGGCCAGCUCAACUGCGAGUACAAGGCACGUUUUGGUUUCCCCUUCGUGAUCGCGGCGCGGCUCAGCGACAAGGCGACUGUGAUGAGGGAGCUAGAGCGCAGGCUGCACAAUCAGCCUACCCAGGAGCUGCGUGCUGCACUGGAGGAGGUGCGCAAGAUCUGCCACCUCCGCUUGGAAGACAUCCUGCGGUCCCGAGAGGACCCCGCCAAACUAUAGAAUCCUAAAGGGGCGGGAGUAGGAGGGAGUGGAGGGGGGUGUCAGUGCGAGGAGGGCAAUGGAGGAGUCUAACUUCAAGCUAGAAAAUAACAACCCUCUUCAUCAGAAUGGCAUGCCUUGCCUAAGUGUCUAUCCAAAAACAGGAUGUGAACUAGCAGGUGGUGAAAGUGUGCGCAAGCAUGGAUUGAAUUGGGCAGUCGAGGGAACUAGCCAGACACAUGCAGCACUUUAAUUCAAUGGGUUACCAUAGUUUGAAAUUUAGGUGAGUUUUGCACGGAAUUAACCCAGUUUAUAAAUAAUGCGUGGAAACAAGAGGCAGCAUGUUUUUAGUAGAGACCUGUCUUCAGAGUCUAGAAGUCCUCAUCUGAACUCUCAAACAUCUUUAUUUAAUAUACAUGCCUGACUGUGUGACCUUGGGCAGCUCACGAAACCUCUCUAUAAGACUAUAAAUUGCAGUGGUGGCUGAUCUUCGUUGAUAGACAAAUUUCUCUCACUGAGAGUUCUCUACAUUAAUGUCUGAACAGUUUCUAAAAGUGCCAUAAAUGCUUAUAUAGUCCCUUUAAGAAAAACCAUGCAAGGUAGGUGGUAGAUAUUUGUUACCUUUUUUUUUUUUUUUUUUAAGCAGAUGAGCAUGCUGAGGGUUAGUGAGUUUGAGCCACACGGUUAGUAAAUAAGAGGGAUGGGACAAGGGACAGAGCCACUACCCAGGGGUCUCAAUUCUCCUUCACUUUGAGCUUGUUGACACCAGACCCUACAAAUGAAGCUUUUAUCUUAUCAUGUAUUUACUAAUCUGCUCCCAGUAACCCUGGAGCAAAAAUGAGACUUGAAGUGGGGGGAGUGUAUAUAUAUAUAUAUAUAUAUAUAUAUAUAUAUAUAUAUA